AUGGUUGCAAGUCCGGAGAAUACUGACUAUGAAGCGGACACCUUCGAAGACGCACGAGACACAGCACAAGACAGCGAUAACCCGGGUGCCUACAAGGCCACUCGGUCCUUGACAGACCGACGGCCCUCUCACGACUCUGCCAGGGCUCCCACUACCCCCAUAGCCACCGAGACACCGAUCGAGCCGUUGGAACCGUUGGAAUCUCCAAGAGGCGAGAAUGGGCCUGGCUCUGUCGUAACCUCGCCCGUCUCACAGGUGGAGGAAGACACGCCUAGGAAACAGAAACUACCAAAGUCACCGCUGCUAACGACCCAUCGUUUAUCCUCAUCCUCCCUAGACGACGUCAAUCUCUCUAAUUCGAAGGAAGACGACAACACCAGCACUGGGUCUCCAUUGUCUCCCGACCUGUACCCAGGGAGCCCUCCACCGCUAUCAGCUAGAAACUCACCGCCUCAGCAAACCCGUUUACAGGGUCUUUCAGCUUCUCUUCCGUCUGUCCCGUGGGGUGCACCGCCUGUAAACAAAAAUCUACCUCCAGCACCCCCGAUUUCUGCCGCCCCACAGUCGUCAAGGAAACUUACGAGUCCCUUCUCCUGGCUGUCUAGGGGGAAUACGAAGGAUAACAAGAACACAGCCACCACGAAUGGAAACCGAAGAAACACAGGAGCUUCGGUGUCUACAGUCAUGAGCAACUCUGAGCAUCUAGGCCGACUUCAAGAGGGUAGUGAUGGAGAGACUGGAAGCCUGGACUCUAGGGGCCAGAUACGCAACAGUUUAAAGAAUCAGUUCAAACUACUGAGAUUGCAGGAUGAAGGUACGCCUCCGGGAACCGAUGACCAGGCCAGCGUUACAUCUGGCGAAGGAAAAGGGUCUCGUUCGUCUGUUGGUAGCCCAGGUCUUGAUCCCGGUGAAGCUGCCACCUUUGCGGCCCCGUUACCGUCUCCAACGGCAACAUCUCCACUUCCAUCGACCAUAAACCCCGAAUUACCACCUGGGACUGUGUCCGGAUUUUCAACCUCUGCUACAGAUGCCUCGGUGCCCGUUGAUUGGGAGCUCUGGCAGCAGGUUGUGAACAAUGGUCCAGAUGCCUUGGCUGGAGAGAACUCGGAGAAAUUAAACGCAGCUAUAAAGAGGGGCAUACCCCAAACGAUCCGUGGUGUUAUUUGGCAGGUACUUGCCGAUAGUAGGAAUCCCGAAUUGGAACACGUAUACCGGGAGCUUUGUUUGCGUGGCACAGACAAGGACCCAGGUCGAAGUCUCGGCUCGCCUUCCACGGUAUCCAUUAACGGCCAUUCGGCAGGAAGCCCGAAGGAGAGAGAAUCUAUUGCAUCUUCCCGAUCCUCAAUCCGCUCCGACAAUUCUACACAAGCUACAAGCUCUGUCCAUGGAACAGCCCCCGGAUCUGUCACCGAAAAGGAUACCGAAGCAAUAGCCAAGGCAAAAGCUGCUCUGGAGGCUGAACGUAAAAGACGGUCAAAGGAAGAUGCAGCUGCGCUACAAAAGCUGGAAAAGCAAAUUCGUCGAGAUCUUGGCUCUCGGACCAGUUAUUCAAAAUAUUUCAUGUCGCAACGCAACCAAGAAGGCUUGUUCAAUAUUUGCAAAGCCUAUGCUCUUUAUGACUCGGGUGUUGGUUAUGCUCAGGGCAUGAACUUCAUUGCCAUGCCCCUAUUGUUUAAUAUGGACGACGGAGAAGCAUUUACCCUUAUGGUAAAACUCAUGAACAAAUACGGAAUGCGAAACAUGUUUAUUCAGGACAUGCCCGGUCUUCAUCUACAUCUCUACCAAUUCGAACGCUUGUUGGAAGAUCUACAGCCGGCUCUUGCUUGCCAUCUCCACCGACGAGGUGUUUCCCCAGGGCUAUAUGCCACACAGUGGUUCCUUACUCUUUUUGCCUACCGCUUCCCAUUACAGCUUGUGCUUCGUAUAUACGAUUUAAUAUUCGAGGAAGGCCUUGAGAGUACAAUCUUGCGAUUUGCUGUCGCCAUUAUGCAACGAAAUGCUGAAACACUGCUUACAAUGAAUGAUAUGACAGCAUUGACCAAUUUCGUAAAAGAAAAGGUCUUCGAUGUAUACAUUGAUCAACAGCCAACUCCCAGCUCGAUCCUUGAAUCCGGAUUCUUCGGCAGUUCCGGAGCAAAUGACAAGGAAAUUUACCGUGCCGACAUAAUGGUUGAAGAUGCUUGUGCCAUCAACCUUACACCAGAAAUGUUGAAGACUUACACCGCAGAAUGGGAACAGAAAACUCGGACAGAAAAAGAGCUAGCAGAUGAACUAGAAAACUAUAGACAUACAGUCUCAAGUCAAGCUGCUCGCAUACGGUCACUGGAAGAACACGCCGAAAAGUCAGACAAAGAACAUGUUCAGAUAGCGUCCGAACUAGUUCGUAUCAAAGUCGAGAACGAAGAACUCAAGGACCUGAAUGAAAGUAUGAAGGUCGAGGUGAUAGAGCUUAAAUCGGUUGUAGAUAAACAGCCCGCGGAACUCGAAGAGAAGCUCAGGACCGAAAUGGAUCGCAUAAUGCAGCGGAACAUCGAGGUGCAAAACGAGAACCGAUCAAUGGAGGAGCAAAUGGCUGAGAUGGAGAAGGACUUGGUCGAAACUAAAAUGAAAUGGGCAGAGGUUCGUUAUUUUCCAUCUUCGCAGCCAUCCACGUCAUAUCCCUUCGCGAUACCCGACCCAGAAUCCUAA